AUGGAUUUAAAAGAUAAUAUAAAUACAGGCAUAUUGGCUGAUACUAGCAACGAAAGACAGGAAACUAUAGUAGAAAAUGACACAAAUAAUGAACAACGAAACAAUGUAGACGAAAAUAAUGAAGACAAUGCAAAACGAAAUAAUAUAGAAGAAAAUAAAGACCAAACAAAUGAAGACAAUGAAAAAGAUACAAUGGAAGAGAAAAACGCAAGUAUAACAAUAAAUCCAAAUUCUGUACAUGUUACUAAUGAUGUUGAAAAUGGUGAUCGUAAAAAUAUAUAUUUAAAUUUUAUGGAUAAAAAUAGUUCAAAUACCGAAAAUUCUGCAAAUUUAAGUCCAAUUGAAAAAACACAAGAAAUUUCUGAUAGUAGUAAAAAUGAGAAUAAUUUAGAUAAAGAAAAUAAAUCUAUAUCACUUGAAAUAGAAAAAGAGAAAAACAAUCUUCAAAAUUAUGAAAAUAGCAGCAUGGGAAAUCCCUCUUUAAGCGUAACAAAUAAAAUUAACCCUGAAAAAAAAAAAAAUUCAUAUGUAAAUACUGGCCCAUUAUACAUUGAAGUGAAAGGGCUUUUAGAGGUUCUUAAUGCACAAGAUUUUGCAAAUAAUAUAAAAAGCAACAACUUUGAAGAAAAAGGGAAAUCUCCAUUUCUUAGUAAGCGUUCAACCAGUGUUCCAAAUAAAAUAGUUCCAAAAAGUUUUGUUCUAAAUAAAGUAAUUCCUAAAAUUAUUCAUAAAGACAUAAAUAAACAAAAUAAUAAAAGUAAAGCAUAUAUUCCAAAAAAUGUAGAAAUAUCCAAAACCAAAAAUAUACCUAAAGCACCUUUGUUAACGAAAUCAUACUUAAAUCCGUUGAAUACAAUGAACAAAAAUGAGGUGAAUAACAAAAUGCCAGAUUCUAACAAAUCGAAAGGAGUUUUUAGAAACACACCAAAAAAAAGUAAGCCAUCAAUCGAAUCAAAAAUAAAACCGAAAGAAAUGUUUAAAACGAAUUUUAUACCUUUAAAAGAAAUUAAUAAUGAAAAUGAAAAUAUAGAAAACCCCAAAACAGAAAAAGCUGUUUUCAAAUUUGUUCACAAAGUGUUACCUACAUUAAUUAAAGAAAAACAUGUUAAAUCUAAAGCGCCUCCUAAAAGUGAUAUAAAAAAUACAAUAGAAAAUUUAAAAAAAAAAUCGGAAAUAAAAAAUGUAAAACAAAAUUUAAAUUUAAAAAAAAAUAUUAAUGAUACACGGAAAGUCCCAUUAAUCACUAAAAAAAAAAUUACACAAAAACCUAAUGUUAUACAUAAAAAUAUACCUUUAAAGGCUGAACUUAUUAAAAAAUCCAAACCAUUGUUAGACAUGAAAAAAAAUAUUGUAAAAAAACCAAUUUCAAAAUUGAUAAGCGAAAUUAAACCGAAAGAAAAGCCACAAAAAAAGAAAAUUAUACUUAAUAAUGCAUCGGAUAAUAAAGAGCCAGUUCUUGACACUUCAGUAGAAAGUAACAAUCUCAAAUUAAAGGAUGAUGUACCUAUAGAUAAAGCAGAAGCUGAAGGCGACAAAGAGCAAAUAGAAAUAAAUAUAACUGACAAGAAAGAGCAAACUGAAACAGAAAAUAAAAAAACGGCGGUAUUAAAUGAGAAUGAAACUGCAGAAAAUGAUACUGUAAAUGUAAAAAAUAUCCCUGAAAAUAACACAAAAAUUGAUAAUAAUGAUAAUAAGGAAAUAAAAAAUGAUGAAAAGGGUGACAUUUUAUCUAAUGAUGCAAAAGUAGAAGAUACUGUGAAUGAUUCUGCCCAUAUAAAAGAGGAAAAUAUCAGCGAAAUAGCAGGUGAUAUCCCUAUCAUAGAAGAAGAAAAUAUAGAUGAAACGUUGGAUGAUAUUGAAGGUAUAAAAUCAGAACAAGUUGGCGAAACUUUGGACAACUUAGGAAUAAAAUUAGAACAAAUUGAAGAUAUUUCGAAUAAUGCUUCAGAUAUAAACGUAGAAAAAACUGAUGAUAUUAUGAAGGAUUCUAAAGAUGUGAAAAAGGAAAUUUUAGAGGAUGUUGGCAAUGUUACAAAUUUAAAUGUGGAAAAGGUAGAAACUGUAGAUAAUGUAAAUAUAUCUAACAUGGAAAAAGGAGAGGAAAAAAAGAAUAUUAAAGAAGAUCAAAAAUUUGAUAAUAAAAAGAAAGAAUCAGUAGGAAAUCUUAAAGAAAUAAAAAUCAAAAAAAAAACAGAUUUAAAAAAAGGCGUUGACCAAAAAAUGAAUAAAAGAACUCCAAAAAAGAGUGAUCAAAUAUUAUCAAAAAAUGAAAAUGCUAUAUCUUCACUGAGCUUAAAACAAAAAACGACACCAUUUACAGUAAAACAAAAAGCGGCACCAUUUACCGUAAAACCAAAAGCAGCACCGUUUAGCAUAAAACAAAGUAUGAAAUCAGAAUUAACUUUAAAAGGGAAAAAUAGUAUGAAAAGUUCACCAAACGUUUUGAAAUUAAAAGCAGAUAUUAAUGUGAAUUCAAAAGACAAAAAAGAUUUAAAAGCUGAAAAAAUUAAUGAUUUAGACAAAAAUAAUGUUAGUAAUAAGACAAUUCCUAUCCCACUAAGAAAAAGUGCAGUGCCUAUGAAAAAGGCUAAUGGUGUAAAAAAAAUGUCAUUAAGCAAAAACUUUAUUAAAGGUUUCGACUUAGAAAAAAGAGUAUUAAAAAAAAUUAACAGAUCAAAUAGUGAUAAGAAUAUGAAAAAGAAAUCACAAGAUGAUAUCGUUUACAAUAAAAGUAAUUCUAAAAGCGUUUCAUCUGCAUCUUUAAAAAAUUCAAUGUCUGUUAUAAAAAAAAAAGAAUUAGGUAAAUCAAAAUCUGAUAAUAUUAAUGAAAUAAUGUUAAAUAAGAGUAAGACUACAUUAUCUUCGAAAUCUGAGAGCAAUGCUCACAAUACAUUAGAAAAAGAGGAUACUAUUAUGAAAAAAUCAGAUUUUAAAGAAAACAAAUUAUUUAAUAAAAAGAAAUCAACGAGUUCAAAAAUAUUAAAAUUGAAUGGAAAGGAAAGCAUGCCAUCUUAUAUAGGUAAAUCUAAUUUGAUUAAUAACGAUGACAACAAAAAUAAAAAUUCAGCUUUAGAAAAAAAUGAAGUAUCAUCGUCUAAGGGUAUUUUUGAAUUAGACAAAAUAAACAAGCCUUUAAAAAAAUCUAAAUCAUUAAAAAGGCAAAAAUCGAAGGUAAAUAAAAAGAUAAAUAUGAGUGAAGACAUGUCAAAUGGUGAAGAGAAAGUUGUGACGAAAACCCCAAAGUUAACUAGCUCAAAAAAGAUGAAAAAUAUGCCCUCACAAAUAAAAAUGGAUAAAAAAAUAAAAAUAAUAAAAUCAGACACAGCACAAAAAGGAACAAGUAAUAAUAUAAUUAAAAUGAAAGAGAAAAAGGGUUCAAAAAAAAAUAAAACAAAUGAUAAUGGAAUGAAUGCUUUUUCAGGAGGAGCUAAUGCAAUGCUAAAUAAAGAAUUAGAAAAAAUAAAGCCUUUAAAAGAUAAAUGGAAAAAUAAUUAUGUAACUCCAAGAAUUGGACGAUAUGACAUAGUAGAUAGUUUUAAUAUAAAAUCACAAAUGAUCAAUUCAGAUUAUUCUAAUAAUAAUUCCCAUUCUGGUGCUCAUUCGUCAUCUCAAUCUACAUCAUCCAAAAAAUUUUCAAAAAACAAGAACACUGAUAAAAUAGGCAAAAUUAAUAGAAAUAUAAAUAAUGAAAACAACUCGUAUAAUCAAUCACAAAAUUUAAUGAACAGAACAGAACAUAAUAGUUUAACAAAAAUGGACAUUCCGACAACAUUAUCUUCAUCCAUGAAUAAAAAUUGCAUACCUUUAGAUGAUGAAAGGAGAUAUCGAAGUAUAGGAAAUAUUGAAUUUUUGAACUUAAGAAAAUCACCAUCAUUAAAUAUGAAUAAAAUAAAAUCAGAUAAUGCACUAAGAAAUUUAUCUUUUCAUGUAAAACUAGAACAGCCUAAAGAAAUUAAAAUAAAAGGUACUCCUGAUUUGUAUUUAAAUAAAUUAUAUUCUACAAAUUCCGUAGCAGAAAAUUCGAAUGAAAGCAAAAAAUGUAAUUAUAAUUGUAUGUUUAAUAAAUGUUAUCCUACAAAUACUAAUACAAAUUCAUGUGGAAGAAAGGAAUCUACGAUUCAAAACUUUAGUUCAUUAUUCAAUGUAAAUAAUAAAUAUAUACAAUAUAAUACGAACCCAGGAAUUAGAGUUAUGUCCCAUAAUAGUCCAAUGAAAAUGUCUAGUAUAUAUGAAUCUGAAUUAUUUCCGAAGAAAUUUAGUAACGAAUUUAAUGGGCAAAUGGGUGGCAAUAUUAGUAGACGAUUUAGUACGCAAGUGGGAAUACCAACAAGUAGACAAUUCAGUAAUCAAUUAAGUAGUCAAUACAGCAAGCAAUCCAUUGGACAUAUGAGCAGGUAUAUGAGUAAUCAAAUAUCAGAAAAGAAGGAAAACUCAAAUCAGGUUCCUUUGAGUGGACAAAUUAAUUCAAGAUCAUAUUUUAACAAAUCAUUUUCAAACAAUGGCUCUCUUAAAAUCCCCAAAACGUCAGCAUGUGGUACAACAAUGAAUUAUUGUAGUUGUAUUUAA